CAAAGAGCGGCGGAGCUUGGCCAACCGGCGCCGACUCUCGCCUUCCUGCAACCCGCUGUUCCGAAAAGCGUCGUCCCCUUCCUUUCUCCUUCCCUCAGCCGACGCGAAUGGAGAAGGGCUCUGCCGCGGGAGGCAGCUCGCGGCCGCCGCCGAUGCCGAGUCUGGAAGAUUUCCCGUUCGAGGGCAAGAAACCCGUCAAGAACCCCUUCGUCCCCAUCGGUGCAUUGGUUACGGCGGGCGUCCUUACGGCUGGCCUGGUCAGCUUCCGGUAUGGGAAUUCUCGGCUGGGUCAGAAGCUGAUGAGAGCCCGUGUGGUUGCUCAAGGCGUGACGGUUGCCCUGAUGGUCGGCAGCGCGUACUACUACGGCGACCAAAUCAAGCUCUUCAAGAAGGGUUCUAGCCCAUGAACAUGACUAAUUAGUGGGUUUGCGGUGUAUGGAAUGUCAUAUGUCAUGUGUACUUGAGCCUGGGGCUGUGCUGUUCAAUAAAUAUCUAUCACAGGCUUCUUGGUAUGUUAUAGCUAAUCAUUUUUUAUCCAGUUUCCCGGCUCAAAAAUAAAUAGAUCAACUCAUUGUGCGUGAAGCCGGAUGUUUUUUUCCUUGUGCCCCUGCAGCUGAAUAUCACGUGAUGGCAUUGCAUUGUAUCAAGCGUCUGUAACGAAAACAAUUUUUAUCGUCACAAGUCGAUGCUGACUGAUGUGUGCUC